AUGGUUUCGUCGCGACGCUAUGCCCUCGUCGCACUCGUCGUAUCGCGCAAGCAUCCUCUGGCCAGCGCCAGAUCCAUGCUCCAACCGACCACGGAGCCACAACCACCAGAAACAUAUCAAGCCGGACCUAGCCCGACGAUCGCUGCUGUCCCUCAUGACCAUCUAGCAAUAUUCGGACGCGCGACGACUUCGGCAGCAGAGCUUCACACGUGCGGAUAUCUAUAUGGCGACGCCAACCAGGCAUUUACUUGCGGAGGCUCCUAUUUCUGCGCUACCUAUUCGCAAUACAAGGCUUUCGGCUGCUGUACAACGACAAGUCCAUGCAAAUUCCCGACAACUUGUCUCCCCCUAGAAUCUUCGGCAGCAGCAAGCGGCGCCGACUUGAGUUAUACCCUAUACUGCUCCAACACAGCAAGCCCCUUUUGUGCAAUCGUUCAAUACGCAGACUCGUCGUUCCUCGGAUACACCUUUCAGAGGUGUGCGACUGCCGCGACAACUUUUCCCAUCUACUAUCAUGCUACUGAGACAGCCAGCAGUGGCACGACAACUAAUGGCUACACUCUAACCACCAGCAGCACCACGUCGACCAGUACAACGACGACGACGACGCCGCCGCCGCCGCCACCACCACCGCCAAACUCAUCGUCAACGCCAGUGGGCGCCAUUGUAGGAGGCGUCAUCGGAGGAGUCGCUGGCUUGGCGAUUCUCGGCUCAGCCUUCAUGCUCCUUCGUCGGCGGCGAAAGAAGCGGGCUUUCAGUCCUACCCAGCAGCCGUUUGUCUCGGAGUAUUCAUACGCCAGUGGUUAUCCAGUCUCCAGCGUAACAGAGAGCGUCGCUUCCACGCCGUUUCAAGCGCCGGGGCCGGCUUACUCUCCUAGCAGUGUUGGCCACGCCCACGAUGGGCAGCACUGGUCUCAGGUUCACGAGAUGCCCACUGGGCCGCCUGAGAGGGAGGCACACGAGUUGGCCACAUGA